AUGUCGCCAACGCUUCUCUUGUGAGUUUGCCUGCCUUCUUGUUUUGGGGCACCGGAACAGUGGGCCAUGCCCGGCCAUGGCCGGACACCGGACGCGCGCCCUGGGGCCGGGUCAGCGGGUGAUCGUGGCAGCGGACCAUCCACGUGGCAGCCAAGAUUUCUCACAUAAAUCGCCGUUUUUCGCAGCUAACAGUUUUUUUCAAUUAUGUUCUUUUUUACCAUCCUAGCCCAUCUCCGACGCGUCCAUUCUCCUCUGCGGUGGGCCUCCGAACUGUACCAUCACGUACUUGGUGUGUGUGCGUCUCCGUCUCUUUGUCGUUUCGCAUGAUCAGCGGAAAGUACAAUUUGCGAAAUUGCAACCCGUCGGUCUCUUUCUCUCUAUUCUGCCUCACACAGCGACGGCGACGACGGUCGCCUCCGCCGGGCCCCUGUCACCUCCUGGCGGGAGGCAUACCGUACCGUUCGCGCGCAAUACACCGUGCACAGGUACCGAGGUCACUUCUCGAGAUGAAGAAAGAGCGGAGACACACACAAUCUUCUUCUACGUCUUCUUUUCCCUUCCUCGCGCAGACACCGUCUCUUCUUCUUCAAAACACUGUAAUUGUUAUGAGAGGAGCGGCCGAGUGGAGGGGAUAAAGUUGAGUGAAAGAAGGAAGGCGUCGGGAGAGGGUAUGAGGAAGGAAUUCUGCCGGAUGGUAACAAAUUAGGAGACAAGGGAGGGACCCUAAGAGAAUAUGCAUGUACCGGAGACUCUGAUCGGUCUGAGAUUUUUUUUCGGAACCUACCCAUUAUCUGCUCAAGCGAUGUUGUAAAUUCGGAAGUUCUUCGAUAAGAUCGUUCGUUUUCUGUCACUUUUUGCAAAAAUAAAAUAAAUUCGGGAGCUGACGAAUUGUGGGUUACUGUAGUGGGGUUUGUCUGCAAGGAACAAUGCACAAACUAGGUCGCGAACCGUAUUUUCAAAUUUAUUGUCAGCUCCCGCAAAUUUAUUUUAUUUUUAUCAGCUCAUCUAAUAAUUUUUUUAAAGUCAAUUCACGUCAGAUUCCACGUUUGAAACAGAUAAAAUUAUGUCCAGCGCGUAGAAAUUGUUAUCAUUUCUACUUCUAUACGAUAUAGGUUAGUCGGUUUCGAGCGGUCCACCGCGUUUUACUUUUACGCAACUCGCCGUCGGACAUUACUAAAAAAAAAUACUGCGCAUAACAAAUCGAUUGAAUCGUUUGUCUUAAUUAUAUCGUACCGAUUAACUCUUCAGCUGGUCACGUUCGCUGGAGCAAGCUCACCGUUUUCCAAUGAACACCGCUGAGCAGAAACCAGUGCAUACCACCACCCCGCCGCCUCUCUUGGCCCCCGCUUCUGUCGAGUCUUCGGAUGGAAAAAGCAAGGAGAACCAACAUUCGGAACGCGACGUGAAACCGAUGAUCGUUCGUCCGCACAUGAUGAAGUCGGAGCCCGAUUUCUGCUACACCGAUUUCAAAUCUAUGCCUGGCGGUUUGAUGGUCACCGGUGGAGAUCUGCCGACGAACGCAUUCGCCAAGCUGCUCACUUGCGUCAUCGAUCCGAAUCAAGUAGCGGGAAUGUUGCCUCCGAAUUACCAUUCGGCUGACCAUGUGUCCAAACCGCUUCUGGGUAUGCUUGUACUUUGUGUUUUCUGUGUUCUCUCUGUGUGUAGCAUGUCUGGCUCUCGUUUACUUUUUCAGCUUAUCUUCCAGCUGACUGGCUGGCCAAAUGACUGACCUAUCCCCCAAAUUCUGAUUUCUCCCGUUCCCGCAACAGCUAAUCUUUCCUGAUUUCAGUUUCAGCGCAGAUAGAAGUGAUACCAUGCAAAGUAUGCGGUGACAAGUCGUCCGGAGUGCACUAUGGAGUCAUCACUUGUGAAGGCUGCAAGGUAACGCCCAUUGUUUUCUGCUCUAUUAACCAAUCAAAAGUGCUUCAGGGAUUCUUCCGACGCAGUCAAUCAUCUAUUGUCAACUACCAAUGCCCACGACAGAAGAACUGCGUAGUCGACCGGUAAUUGUUUUCAGAAAGUGUUCGACUUCUGACUAUUUUUACAGAGUCAAUCGAAAUCGCUGCCAGUACUGUCGUCUCAAGAAGUGCAUAGAGUUGGGGAUGUCCCGCGAUGCCGUGAAAUUCGGUCGAAUGUCGAAAAAACAGCGAGAGAAAGUGGAGGACGAGGUACGUUGUCUCGUUUGUGUUUGCAUGUGCACAAGUUGUCGCUGCUUCGCAUGGAUCCUGUCUAACUGCAUGAGUGGUGGUACGGCGCGUCUGACCUUGGAUUUGCGAUGGUCUGACGCCGCUCGCACCGAAUACUAACAAUUGUUGAAUAACCCCCUCCUCCCCGGGAUUUCAAACUAACCCAUUGUCCGUUUUGUGUUUGUGUGUAUUUGUAUAAACGGCAUCUAACACGAACACUAACGCUAAUUUUAGCCUUGUGACGAACUGACAAGCGGAGGAUUCAAUCAGAAACCGUGUAAAAAGGUUCGCAGUUAUUCAGUUUCACUGUCUAAGUUUGGGUACCCAUUCAAUAGUGACAAUGGGAAAAUCGGGAUUUGGUGGAGGGGGCACAGUAAAAUACAAUAACAUAAGGAGAAAUCGGAGAAGAAUUGGGCACAGAGAUUAUUAUAAUCCAGAAUCAACUUUAUCACCUCUUAAUAAUACUCAUCACUUGUUCUUCUUUGAUGGAUCCGAAACGAAAGUAUGAUCUAAAUGAAUGAUUUCAGGUGCGCAUGCACAAACAGCUCGCUGAGGCCAGUGGACUUGGGUAUCAAGCUAUUUACGGAGACUACUCCCCGCCUCCUUCGCAUCCCAGCUACUGGUAGACAUUUGUCUUCCGCCUCACUUCAAUCGUUUCAUUUUCAGUUUUGAUCAAGGGAUGUACGGACACUACGCCUCUCCAACGGGCACUUCCACCCCGGUUAACGGAUAUCCGAUCGCAGUGGCUGCUGCUCCGGUCACUCCCAUGUCCCAGAACAUGUACGGAGCAACGCCUUCUUCUGCCAAUGGAGGACAGUACGUCGCUCACCAGGGUACGUUCCUUCAGCCUCUCUUUCCGUCUAACUCGCCUCUUUCAGCAUCCGGUGGCAGUUUCCCAUCGCCGCAGGUCCCUGAGGAAGACGUAGUGGGACGAGUCAUCUCUUCGUUCGACGCUCAGCACUGCAGUUAUCGUUCGUCGAAUGCCGUGUGCAACGUGGAUCCGGAGGACAUUCCUCGUUUGAGUCGGGCCGGUGGAUGGGAAUUGUUCGCAAGGGAACUCAAUCCGCUCAUCCAAACUAUCAUCGAGUUUGCGAAAUGUGUUGACGGAUUCAUGCAUCUUCCGCAAGACGUGCAGAUACAGUUGCUGAAAAGCAGCGUAUUCGAACUGUCACUAAUCUUUGCGGCGAUGUACUACAACAUGGAUACGCACACGCUUUGCGGAGAACACAACAUUCCGUUCUCCCACAUUAUUGCAGAUGACAUUGCGGAGGUUUGCUCCUUUUUUUUUCUUUCUUCACAUUCAGAUCAGUUCAUUUUCAGAUGCAACUGAUAAAUGACGUGCACACGACUCUCCACGAGAUCGUCGCUCUUCAACCGAGUCCUUCUGAACUUGCUCUCAUGGCCGCAGGGCUUCUUCUCGAGCACGCCGCCAGUCCAACUUCGAUAGGAAUCGCUGAAAUGUCAGUCGGCGCGACUGUGGAUAUUCUGAAGAAUGCACUCCAUCAGAGUGUCGGUUCGAGGCUCGGAUGCAUGGAUACGACCGCUCUACGAGUUCAAGACAUUGAGUCCAGAAUCCGACAGACUGCCCGAUUGCACCAGGAUGUAAGUAAUUCUCUCUCCCUUCAUUUUACUUAGCAACGCAUUCCAGGCACUCCAAAACUUCCGCCAAUCGGAUCCGGCUGCUUCGGAACGUCUUCCCGCCCUCUACAAAGAGUUGUUCACUGCGGAUCGACCCUAA